AUGUCCAAACGUUCUCGGACAGUCUCGAGAUCUCCAUCUCCUUCUCAAGACCACCACUGCUCGCCCGAAGAAUCGUGGUCAAGAUCCUCCUCGCCAGCAUCUUCCACCGGACGCUCUAAACUCUUACACCUGCAGGACUCGGUCAACGCUUCGGCUGAAGUGAUGCGUUGUUCAUUGCCGCCUCAUAAGGAGACGAUUUCGUUUACCUCGUAUGAAGACUACGAGGUUCAUUAUCGGCAGGCUCAUGUUAAUCGUUGCUCUGAGUGUGGAAAGAACUUUCCCACGGAUCGUUUUUUGAAUUUGCAUAUCGAGGAGAAUCAUGAUCCUUUGAUUGCUGCUCUGAGAGAGCGCGGGGAGAAGACUUAUGGCUGCUUUAUUGAAAACUGCGAGCGCAAAUGCUCCACGCCCCAGAAACGCAGAAUGCACUUGAUAGACAAGCAUAUGUUUCCCAGGACAUAUAAUUUCUUCAUCGUCAACGAUGGCAUCGACAAGCAAACAUCCUUGCUGCGACCGAUGAAUACUGGUAGACGCCGCAUAUCAGCGACCACCGCCACGUCUCCAAAGGCAGGCCGAUUGAGGAAUCGACAACUAUCUCAGUCCAGCGUCCAAGCCGUCCCGUAUUCGGCAUCUGACCAAAAAGACAAUACUGGUUCUUCCGAAAUGGAGAUUUCCGAGCUUGAAAAGUCCAUGUCCGCGUUGCGGUUUGUGCCUGCGAGUGUGACAAAGAGUCAAGGGAGAGUUAGGAAUAUAUCGUAA